GGAUGUCUUAGUUUCAAUUUGUGAUCAAUACGUUUGAGCAAAGUUCAUCGUUUUGUAGAGGAAUACAAAAAAUUGAGAGAUUUCUAAAGAAGUAUCAAGGAGGAGCAUUGAUGGAGAUUGAGCAUCAUAACAUUCAGGUUCACUUGGUGACAAAACGGUUGCAAGAACAGUUGAUCUCCGGUCGGACACGGUGACAAAACCUACGGAAUCAAUGCAAUCGGCGAUGGCGAGGGCCGAGGUAGAUGACGACGUCCUCGGCCACGACCCAACGGCUCGGAAACUCGAGCAAGAGAUGGCGAAAAUCACGGGGAAAGAAGCCGGGCUCUUCGUCCCCUCGGGCACGAUGGGGAAUCUUAUAAGUGUGAUGGCUCAUUGCGAAGUGAGAGGCAGCGAAGUGAUUCUCGGAGACAACUGCCACAUUCACAUCUACGAGAACGGAGGAGUGGCCACUGUCGGCGGAAUUCAUCCGAGAACGGUCAGAAACAACGAGGACGGGACGAUGGAUAUUGAUGACGUCGAAGCUGCCAUUAGAGAUCCUAAAGGAGGAAUGUUCUAUCCUCGUACACGGCUUAUUUGCUUGGAGAACACACAUGCCAACUGCGGAGGAAGAUGUUUGACGGUGGAAUAUACAGACAGAGUGGGAGAGUUAGCUCGGAGACAUGGUUUGAAGCUUCAUAUCGAUGGAGCUCGCAUUUUCAAUGCCUCGAUCGCACUUGGAGUCCCGGUCGAUCGCCUUGUACAUGCCGCAGAUUCGGUUUCUGUGUGUUUGUCCAAAGGUCUUGGAGCUCCUGUUGGAUCUGUAAUCGUCGGUUCCCACCGUUUCAUCGAAAAGGCGAGGACACUUCGGAAAACGUUAGGGGGAGGAAUGAGGCAGAUAGGCGUUCUCUGUGCGGCCGCUUUGAUCGCCCUCCAAGAAAACGUCUCGAAGCUCGAAUACGAUCACAAGAAGGCCAAGAUCUUAGCACAAGGGCUGAAUCAAAUAAAAGGCAUAAGAGUGAAUGCUGCAGCUGUGGAGACCAACAUUAUAUUCUUAGAGAUGGAGGAUAGCUCGAGACUCGGGGCCGAGAAGCUACGGAAGAAUCUAGAGGAAAACGGGAUUCUCGUCAUCCCCGUCAACUCAUCUAGGAUCAGAAUCGUGAUACAUCACCAGAUAUCAGCAGGCGACGUCUACCACACUCUGUCCUGUAUUCAACAAGCCGUAAACGGAGCACAAGAAGCAAACGUCGACUAAGGAAACACAAAACAGAAGGUUUUCUUUUUAAGUGCAACACUUGUGUCGUUUCUUUGCAUAAGAUCCAAUCUAAAGCGGUCCGAAAUCUGAGAUCUGUUUUAAGUACGUUCUUGUUUCGUUGACGAUGGAGGUUUGCUUCCGUGA